AUGGACGGGUCCGGGGAGCAACCCAGAGGCGGGGGGCCCACCAGCUCUGAGCAGAUCAUGAAGACAGGGGCCCUUUUGCUUCAGGGUUUCAUCCAGGACCGAGCAGGGCGAAUGGGGGGUGAGACACCGGAGCUGGGCUUGGAGCAGGCACCCCAGGACGCAUCCACCAAGAAACUGAGCGAGUGUCUCAAGCGCAUUGGAGAUGAAUUGGACAGUAACAUGGAGCUGCAGAGGAUGAUUGCAGCCGUGGACACAGACUCUCCCCGAGAGGUCUUUUUCCGAGUGGCAGCUGAAAUGUUUUCUGACGGCAACUUCAACUGGGGCCGGGUUGUCGCCCUUUUCUACUUUGCCAGCAAACUGGUGCUCAAGGCCCUGUGCACCAAGGUGCCCGAGUUGAUCAGGACCAUCAUGGGCUGGACAUUGGACUUCCUUCGAGAGCGGCUGCUGGGCUGGAUCCAGGACCAGGGUGGUUGGGACGGCCUUCUCUCCUACUUCGGGACACCCACGUGGCAGACAGUGACCAUCUUUGUGGCUGGAGUGCUCACUGCCUCACUCACCAUCUGGAAGAAGAUGGGCUGA